UCAGUGGACCGAAUCAGGAACGACUGGACCACCUUGUCAUCCAACAAUAACAUAAACGCCGUAAUUCGAAUCUCGCCUUACAAGAUUACAUGAUUCUAUUCUUAAGGCAUAUUCUUAAGGCAAUUGUUUCCCCGAGCACCUCAUUCUUGCCUUACCCUCGAUAAUCAAAGCCCGGUCUCAAGUCCACCAGUCCCAGCCGCUGCCUCCACCGGAUCUUCCCCGACAUAUAUCGACUGACCUCAUAUCCGCUGUUGGCGGAGAAACCCCGCCGCCGCCUAUGUGGCUCGCGUUUUCAAGUUUUCAAUUGCAAUUGCCUGGCCUGGUGGUUUUGGCAAGGGUUUCAACCUGCUCUCACAUCCCACUCUGAAUUUCGACUUCCUAUCCCCUUGGCACCAAGUAGAGAAGCGCCAAGAUGGAUGCUAUGAACGCCGUGCUCAAAAACUUCAAGAAUAUCCCGUGUCCGGCAGGAGGCAAGUGUACUCAGUCAAACUGCCAAUGGAAGCAUGCAUGGGAUCAGGAACCCGCCGCAAGUAGCCGUGAUGGAGAGGCGGAUCAGCUUGGCCCUAGGAAGCGCCUCAAAGUCGGCCAAGGAGACGAGGCCUUGAAGGACGCGAAUCAGACCAAGGCGGCCAUCACCACUGCGAAGAAGCCAGUGUCACCACCGCCCUUAAAACGGAAGACACCGACGGCGACACAUGACGGGGCCGCUUCCAAGGAUUCCCCGUCAUCGACCACUUCAAAGCCUCCGACUCACUCGAGCCGAUCGUCAGUCAGUCGCACCCCUACGUCAGCUGCGGCGAGCCCAGCGAGUCCGCUCAAGAAGACGGCACCAAAAGCACCUCGUAAGCCUGAGGCUCUGAAUCCCAGACAUCUGAAGUCGUCGCCGGCAACCCACGAAUUCCGGUUCAGGGCUCUUGCUAUGCUGCACGAGCAAUUUGUCCGGCUGAACAACGAGCUAAAGAGAGAUGCCAGCAACGAGGAGGAGAAAUUAGUCCUAACUGACCAACAACUCAUAUGGAUCGCCCUGGAUGAGGAGGAGAAGCUCGCUACUGACAAGCCUCCCAUCUAUACUAACGUCAUCAAAAACCGUAUCACGAGCUACAAGCGUUUGACCGUUGCAAAAUGGAAGGAGGAACGUGAGGCUCAACGGAAAAAGGAACUCGCCGCUAUGACGGGCAAGGUAGCGAACAAGCCAGUCCUCGGGCCGCCGAAGGUCAUUCACACCGGCCUCACUCCCGAACAGGAAGUCGAGUUCCUCUCUCGUCUCCUUACUCCCAUCAAAGAUCUCGGGCAGUUCGGCUACGUCCCUUCCGUGCCUACUGAAGAUGACGUCCGGGAAGCCCACAAGGCGGAGGAGGCCGCAAAGGGUUGGGAGGUGUGUGAUCGAUGCGCGACGCGCUUCCAAGUCUUCCCUGGUAGGCGGGAGGACGGAGCGCUCACGUCGGCUGGCAAGUGUACCUUCCAUCCCGGUAAGCCAUACUUUCCCGAGAAACAACUAGGCGAUAAGUCCAGGGUCCAGAAGCGGUGGCGGUGCUGCAAGGAGGCCGUGGGAGACACGCCAGGCUGCACCAAGGCCGAAACACACGUCUUCAAGAUAAGCCACCCCAAGAGGCUAGCCACUGUGCUGCCUUACGCCGAGACACCCCCGAACCCGCUCGCCCCCACUAACAGGGCCGUCUGCUUUGAUUGCGAGAUGGGCUACACGGUUCGGGGCCUUGAACUUAUCCGCCUGACGGCAACGAGCUGGCCUGACGGCCAGGAGCUUCUGGACGUCCUCGUCCAACCCCUCGGCGAGAUCCUGGAUCUGAACUCGAGAUAUUCCGGCGUCUGGCCCGAGGAUAUCAUCAACGCCGAGCCCUUCUCCCUGGCAAAGAGCGACGACGACCAGCCGCCUCUCCCGGGCCAAACCUCGGCAGAGGAUAGAGAGGAGGGCGAACUCGAGGACGUCGGGCCUCCGAAAACGAAGAAGAAGAAGAAGAUGCAGAUCGUCUCCUCCCCCGCCGUGGCCCGUGACCUGCUCUUCUCCCUCAUCUCUCCCGCGACCCCGCUGAUCGGCCACGGCCUCGAGAACGACCUCAACGCCGUCCGCGCCGUCCACCCGACCCUCGUUGACACGGUGCUCCUCUACCCGCACAAGCGCGGCCUGCCGAUCCGCCACGGCCUCAAGGCCCUGAUGGAGGCGCUGCUGAACAGGGCCAUCCAGGUCGAGCAGACGACGGACGACGGGAAGCCCAUCGGCCACGACAGCGCAGAGGACGCGAGGGCCGCGGGCGAGCUCGUCCGCCUCAAGGUCCAGCAGGAGUGGGCCCGCUUGAAGGGGCUGGGGUGGACGCUGGUGGAUGGUGAGUUCGUGCCGCCCGUGGGAGAGGGCGAUGGGAAGGGUGGGGGGAGCCUGACCGAGGCAUUUCUGGAGAAGCAGCAGCCUACUACUGCUGAUGCGCCUGGUGCUGGCUCGUGAGCCCACGCCAGCUUGAGACUACGGGUUGCCGGGUUUUCUGGGGUACAGGCAGUUGCCGCCCAGGCCCGGAAGACCAGCGAGUUUCUUCAAGUGUUGGAACGAAUCAAGGUGCAGAAUUGGAUCCCAAAUCGGCGGAAAAGCAUACAGUGAUCUACCUAGUCAUCAGCACAUUUCAAGUGCUUAGAUGGCUCCACCCGUUGGGAGAGGCUCAUGAUAGCCAUUCACGUACCUAGGAGCGUU